AUGGCUGUGGAGUACUCAAAACAGUUGUUUCUCAUGGUGGUUGUCGCUGUCUUUUAUACAAAAGCAGCAACUCAACCGAUGUCACUACCAAACUGUACAGCAAAGUGUGGUUCCAUCAAAAUCCCCUUCCCAUUUGGAAUCACCAAAGAUUGCUCCCUAGACAACGCUUUCCUCAUCAAUUGCAACAAAACAUCAUCUACUGCAUCAAACUCAACAAAACACGUAGCUUUUUUGUCAAAAACUAAUCAACGUGUCUUAAAUAUAUCACUUAAUGGUGAACUGCAUGUUGCAUGGCCAGUAGCCAGACAUUGCUAUCCAAAAAAGAGCAAACCUACAACACCAGAUAUCAAGAUGCCACAUUUUCACGUCUCGCCAACUCAAAACAAGUUGAUAGCAGUUGGAUGUGACACAAUGGGACUACUCGAAGCAAUUGAUUCUAAAGGAAACACAUACACCACUGCAUGUGUGGCCUUGUGCAACAGGCUUAGUGAUAUUGUGGCCAAUGAAUCUUGUUCCGGCCCAGGUUGUUGUGAGAUUUCAAUACCCAAAGGUCGUGUGUUUACGGAAGUUGCCUAUAUUUCUGAACACGGAUUGAACAAUAAUCAGGCAUUAGUACAGCCCUUCAAUCCAUGUGGUUAUACGUUUUUGGUGGAAAAUGGAGCCUACCGCUUUGCAAUCACAGACCUCCAAAAGCUAAAGAAGAGGAACUUUCCUGUGUUGUUGGACUGGGCAGUAGGGAACCAAACGUGCCAGCAAGCUCGGAAGGAUCUUUCCACUUAUGCAUGUAAGGCAGACAAAAGUAAAUGUUAUGAUGCACCAACUCACAAAUCUGGUUACCUCUGCAGAUGCAGGGAUGGAUAUUGGGGUAAUCCUUACCUCAACCAUGGCUGCCAAGAUGUUGAUGAAUGCAAGGAAUCCAAUGACUGUUUUAAGGGGGCGACAUGCACCAAUCUUCCUGGAAGUUACCAUUGUUUAUGCCCAAAAGGAUAUGAAGGAGACGGAAAAAGAUGCAGUCAAAAAUCCAUUACCAAAUCAAGGAAAGAGUACAUAUUGGUCACUGCAUUGAGUGAUGUAAGCCUCGUAGGACUACUGGUGGGAAGCUUUUAUGCUUAUUGGGCUUUGAAGAAAAUAAAGAUCAUUAAACUUAAAGAAGAGUUUUUUAAGCAAAACGGUGGCUUACUGUUAGAACAACAAAUAGUGAAGCAUGGAGGGUCGUCUAAAACACUUAAAAUCUUCACUAUUGAGGAGUUAAAUGAGGCAACCAGCAACUUCAAUGAAGGCAAAAUCCUAGGCCAAGGUGGUCAGGGAACAGUUUACAAAGGAGUUUUAGAAGAUAAAAGUAUUGUAGCAAUAAAGAAGUCAAAAAUCAGUGACCCAAACCAGAUUGAGUCGUUCAUCAAUGAAGUGGCCGUGCUUUCCCAAAUCAACCAUAGGAAUGUGGUAAAACUUGUAGGUUGUUGUUUAGAAACAGAAGUUCCAUUGCUUGUUUAUGAAUUUAUUCCCAAUGGUACAGUUUAUGAGCAUAUUCAUGACCAAAACGAAUCUAGAAAGCUUACAUGGAAAACAAGAUUGAGAAUAGCAAAAGAAACUGCUGGAGUCCUGGCAUACUUACAUUCUGCUGCUUCCACACCAAUCAUACAUAGAGAUGUCAAAUCUACAAAUAUACUACUAGAUGAAAAUCUCACUGCAAAGGUGGCUGACUUUGGAGCUUCAAAGAUCGUUCCUCUUGAUAAAACUCAGAUAACCACCCUAGUGCAAGGGACACUCGGGUAUCUUGACCCUGAGUACUUCCACACAAGCCAGUUAACAGAGAAGAGUGACGUCUAUAGCUUCGGAGUUGUCCUAGCAGAGCUACUAACAGGAGAAAAGGCAUUAUCUUUUGGCAGGCCAGAGGUAGAUAGAAACCUUGCAAUGUACUUUGUGUCUUGGAUUAAAGAGGAUCAAUUACUUCAUAUUCUAGACAAAAAUAUAGAUGAGAAAAAUAUUGAACAUCUAAAGGAAGUUGCCCUAAUUGCAGAAAGGUGUUUAAGGGUGAAGAGUGAGGAAAGACCAACCAUGAAAGAAGUGGCAAUGGGACUAGAGGGAAUAUUAGUUACUGAAGAGAAUGAAAACAUGAUCAAUGCAACACCGUCCGUUAUCAAUGUUGAAGAUGGCGAUGGCGGAAGUGCAAGUCAACCUAUGUCACUACCAAACUGUCAAACAAAAUGUGGUUCUGUCACCAUACCCUUUCCAUUUGGAAUCACAAAAGAUUGUUCCCUCGACAGUAAGUUCAUCAUUAGUUGCUACAAUACAUCUUCAACACCAAAAUCCACAACAUACAAACCUUUCUUGGCAAACACUAACCAAAGGGUCCUAAAUAUCUCACUCAAUGGUGAAUUGCGUGUCGCAUGGCCAGUAGCCAGUCAUUGUUAUGCAAACAGUGUCAUGCUCUUGGCCCAAACAUCUCAAGAUAUCAUCGUGACGCAUUUUCAGGUCUCACCGACUCGAAACAAAUUGAUAGUAGUUGGCUAUUACACAGUUGGACUACUCACAACAUAUGAUUCUGAUGGACACAACUAUACCACUGGAUGUUUGACUUUGUGCAACACGAAUGAUAAUAUCACGGUCCAUGAACCUUGUUCUUGUGAGAGUUCAAUGCCCACCGGUCAUGUGACAACAGGGGUAUCAUAUGAUUCUGCAAGUGUAUUGAAUAAUCACAUAGUAGAACAUGACUUCCGUUCAUGUGGUUAUGCUUUUGUGGUUGAAUAUGGAGCCUACAGCUUCAAUUCCACAGACCUCAAGUUGAAUAACAAGGAGUUUCCUGUGUUGUUGGACUGGGCAGUAGGGAACCAAACUUGUCAUCAAGCUCAGAAGGAUCUUUCCACUUAUGCGUGUAAGGCCGACAAAAGUACAUGUUACGAUGCAACAACUGACAGAUCUGGUUACCUUUGUAGAUGCUCUCAUGGAUAUCGGGGAAAUCCUUAUCUCGUUCAUGGUUGCCAAGAUGUUAAUGAUUGCAUGGAAUCCAAUUACUGUGUUGAGGAGGCGAGAUGCAUCAAUCAUCCCGGAAGCUACCAUUGUUCAUGCCCAGAAGGAUAUGAGGGAGACGGGAAAAAUAAUGGAACAGGAUGCAGUCCGAACUCCAGUACCAAAUCAAGGAAUGAUAUCUUGGAUAUCAUUGCAGGUGUCUGCGUAGGCCUCGUAGCACUACUGGUAGGAAGCAUGUAUGCAUAUUUAGCAUUGAAGAAAAGAAGUCUUGUUAAACUUAAAGAACAUUUUUUUCAACAAAACGGUGGUUUACUGUUACAACAACAAAUAGCAAAGCAUGGAGGAUCAGCCGGAACACCUAAAGUCUUCACUAUUGAGGAGCUAAAUAAAGCAACCAACAACUUCAAUGAAAGCAGGAUCCUAGGCCAAGGUGGUCAGGGAACAGUUUACAAAGGAGUUUUACAAGAUAACAGAAUUGUCGCAAUAAAAAAGUCCACAAUCAGUGACCAAAACCAGAUUGAGCCGUUCAUCAAUGAAGUGAUCAUUCUUUCUCAAAUCAACCAUAGAAAUGUGGUACAGCUUUUGGGUUGCUGUUUAGAAACAGAAGUUCCAUUGCUUGUUUAUGAGUUUAUUUCCAAUGGUACUGUUUAUGAUCAUCUUCAUGAUCAAAACCAGUCUAUAAAGCUUACAUGGAACACAAGAUUAAGAAUAGCAACAGAAACUGCUGGAGUCUUGGCAUACUUACAUUCUGCUGCUUCUACUCCAAUCAUUCAUAGAGAUAUAAAAUCUACAAACAUCCUCCUAGAUGGCAAUCUCAUUGCAAAGGUUUCUGAUUUUGGAGCUUCAAAGAUUGUUCCUCUUGAUCACACUCAGAUAAACACUCUUGUGCAGGGGACAUUGGGGUAUCUUGACCCAGAAUACUUCCAGACAAGCAUGUUAACUGAGAAGAGUGAUGUUUAUAGCUUUGGGGUUGUUCUAGCAGAGCUAUUGACAGGAAAGAAAGCACUAUGUUUUAGCAGGCCAGAUGUAGAAAGAAGCCUUGCAAUGCAUUUUGUUUCUUCAAUGAAAGAAGAUCAGUUGCUUCAUAUUCUGGACAGCAGCAUUGAUUGGGAAGAUGUUGAUCAUCUAAAGGAAGUUGCCAUAAUUGCAGAAAGGUGUUUAAAGAUGAACAGUGAGGAAAGACCGACCAUGAAAGAAGUGGCAGUGGAACUAGAGGGAAUAUUAGUUAUUGAAGAGCAGCCUUUGGGAAGUGAGUCUUCAAAUGAGACGUCAUCCAUUAAAUGUUGA